GGUGUGCCGGUGACAUUUACCAAAACAAAACAACAAUCGUCAAACAAAACAUGUGAACAUCAUACAAUUAUCGGCACCAACUAUUUACAACGCCGGGGGAAAAAUAGAAUUUCACAAAUCACCUGUUUCAAUCAGAAUAAUGAUUAUUGCAUUGCAGGCUUUGUUAUAUUUUCGGGAAACUUUGGUCACCGUGAUCGAAGGAUUUCUGAGGCCGUACUACCAAAAGUUAAGUUUGAAGUUCAAAGGUGAUGACGAUUCGGACGAUGAACAGUCUGACGAUCACGUGUUUGCAGAGUACGAUGAUGAAAAGGGAGUUGUGUUUUAUCCGCCGGUAUAUGCGCAACGGUAUGCAGCCGUCAGCGACUGUCUUAUGGACGAACGAUGGUCCGGGAACCUGGAGAAGGUCGUUGAUUUUGGAUACCAUGAUAUGAGUUUCAUAAAGUAUCUCAAAGAUGUGCCAGGCAUAAAACACAUUUUAGGGGUGGACAUAGAAACAAUACCGCUGCAAUGUUCCUCUGAUCUUCUAGGAUGUGAUAAUUACAUUGCAAGAAGAGAAAAUCCAUUGAAAGUUACUCUAUUUCAAGGCAAUGCUGCAGAUCCAGAUUAUAGAUUAAUUGGAUGUGAUGCAGUUGUAGCCAUAGAAAUGAUAGAGCAUAUGCUUCCACAUGAUUUGGAGCGACUCAUCCACACAGUGUUUGGUUUCAUCAAACCUUGGGUAGCCAUUUUUACGACACCUAACGGGGAUUUUAAUGUCCUGUUCAAAGCUUUGGAGAGAAAUGGCUUAAGAAGAUUGGACCACAUGUUUGAGUGGAGUCGUGAACACUUUCAUGAUUGGUGUAGCAAUAUAGUUACCAGAUACCCAGAAUAUACAGUCACAUGUAGAGGAAUUGGUCCUGGUCCACCUGAUACAAUGCAUUUAGGCUGCUGCAGUCAACUUGCACUUUUUACAGCUAAAAACUACAUUAAACAGCCUGAUUUGGACCUUAACAGCUUAGCUUUAGUUGCAAAAAGAUCGAGUCAAAAUGAUUUAAGUCAUAUACUUAGCAGUUGGGAAAGUUCAUAUUCAAUAGUGGAAAAUAAUAUGCUAUGUGCACCACAAAGUGUCGAAUCUUAUCCCGAACUGUACGACGAGUCUUCCUGCAUGACAAUUGUCAUAGCGUCUGCCCCGUUGUCCCUGGAGUCCAUGGAAUACCAGGACAAGAUAUUGCAGUGUAACUUAGAUUCGGAGAUUGGCAAGAGCUUUCUUAUGUUCGAUGAAGAAGUGUAUUUUAAAAUUGUGGUGCCGCGUCCGGAGAAGUACUUUAGAGUUUAUGAGUUUGAAGAUGUGACAAGCAGGUUAAAUUGUUCAACAUUUCAAGUGAAGAAGUUUUCUAAAACAACUCAAGGUUUAAUGGAAAAAAACAAAAUGGAAGCGUUUGCGCACACGCGCGAGGUGGUUAACGAAAUCCGGCAUUUAACAAAAAUGCUCAACUUUAACAAAGAGCACAUAGCUCCAGAUUUUGAGGGAACAUGGUGUAAUAUUAACUGGGGUGUGAAUGCUCCUUACUGGAACCAAUAUUACGGGGUUGUGAGAGAAUAUAGCUAUCCAUUUGAGGUUAAGACCGACGAAACUCGAAUUUUAGACCUAAUAACAAAAGAAGUGAGUAGACUCAUAGACACAGAUUACGAACACAUCGCAUCGGAAAUGCAUAAAAUAGAAAUACCCAUUGACCAGUUGAUGGGAGCGGUCAAACAUAUUACUACGGAUGUAGACAAAGUGAAAGAGCUUCUUGAAUGGAAUGGCUACGAUGUCGUAAAUGAUCUUGUGAUCCAUUCGCGUCUAAUAGUGGAAAACAAUUCGGACAUCUCGAAGGAUGACGACUGGCAAGAUGACACCAUAUCUGACUGGGACACAACGGAAGCACGAUCAACUUCAUUUUCAGACGGUAGUACGAUCAUUUCGGAUUACUAUGGAAUUAAUUAUGCCGCAGGCUUCCGUCUUCGUCGGGCUAUUGAUCAAAAAGUGCGCAAACUUCGGUCAAUACUUACCGUUGAUAAAGAUAUCACUAUCGAGCUCGACCGAGUUGUAUGUAGGCUGAUGAAGCUAGCCCUUUGCACGAGUAAAGGACGACAAAACCCACCGCCCAUGAGUUGGAUGCAGUGCAAGUUGUAUGACCUGCUUAGUCUCACUGAAAGGGCUAUUGAGAGACGGAGACUGCAAAGAUUCCCUUUUAAAGCUAUCGAAUACCAUAUAGAUAGUUCUGGUCUCGACGAAAUAAAGGUAGAUCCUUUAUGCGAACAAAUUGUGUCAAAGUAUCAAAACUUAGACUUAACGCCAGAUCUGGAUUUAAAUGGCGACUCACAAAUAUAUGAUUCUGAAUUUUAUGACUAUAAUAUUAGCAUUACCAGUAAUGAAUUUAAAGAGUGUGACAAUAAUUUGCAAGAAGAAAGAAAGAAGUUAAAAGAAGUAAAUGAAGGUUAUACAACAGAGUUAGAAAGAACAGGCUGCAUUGGCAAUUGUAACCUGGAGCUAGUCCCAUAUCAUAAUUGUAGAAGUAAAGCUGUCGUAAUUAGUUCUGGGGAAAGCAGCUGUAGCUCAUCUAACGGUUCUGGAAAAAAACAAAUUAAAUUAGAAGACAAUAAUGAAAUUUUAUUACAUAAGAAAUAUAAAAGAAUGGGUUCUGAAGCAGUUGGGGUGCAAAAACGAUUCCUCAAAAAACGAAGCAUGGGUUCCUUUAAAAGUAACAUAUAUAAAACUAGUAGAACGAAGAUGAUUAAAAAAGUUUCUAGCAGGAGACCGAGCUAUCUCAACCUUCUGAAAUAUGAUUCUAUUGAAUAUAGCAAAUACCAAUUAAAAGAACGUAAAAUGCCGAAGGAACAUCACAUGUUACAAUCUACUACAUCAAGACCGAUUCCUGCCAGCUUGAUCGAACUCUGUAAUUCGCAAUCAAAUAAAAACUUGGAAAAAAUCACUUCAACUAAUUCUAAUAGCAAUACAAGUAAACUAAAUAACGAUAUCGCAGCUACUGAAGAAUGUAUGUUUAUUGGAAUAGUAACAGAAGAAGGCGAGGAAACUAUACCUAUGCGACGACAUAUCGGAAUAUCUCCUGAAAUAGAUUUAAACAUUUUAGAAAAUGAAGUAUUAUUAGCAUCUGUCAUAAACUUAUCUCAAGAUAAUGAAAAUGACCAAUCUCAGCCAAUAUUUAUAUAUGAUUUAGAUGAACCUUGUACGUCAAAAGGAAUCCGUCACCUAAGUACAGACGUUCAGUGUGGUCCAGACAGACAGUUGAAUAUUGCUUCCCCCAUGUACUCGCAAACAAAUUCACAUACCAACAUGCCUAAGUUAUUUACAAGGGGAAUAAAAAUUAAAGAAUCCAUUGAUUAUGAUGAAAAAACAAAUAAGAAUACUUACAAUUAUGGUACAUGUACAGAAAUAUGUGAUAGUACUAUAACAAAAGGAAGAGAAACUACAAAAAUAAAAAUAAAAAUUAAAGAUUCAAUACAAGAUGCCACAGUGAAAAUGCCACAAGAACUUAAUAAUAAAAUGUCUGAGUUUUCUAAUUUUGAACCCCGAACGGAAGCUAAAAUUCUUAGACCCGCAUCUAGCAAUCUUAAAAUUGAAGAUUCAGGUUCGGAGUUGUGUGAAAGUUUAGAGAGCUCUGCUAAAUCACCGAGCAGAUCCAAAAACACUAGUGAUUCUCAAAUUCAAUCUAUAUGUAAUGAGAAAAAUGUUACAGUUAAACUUUCACAAGCAAGUAAUGAUAGAAAAAAUUUGGUAUGCGGGGGCAUUUAUGUACAUAGUUUUAAACAUAAACAAGUUUCUGAAGAUGUAGUAUAUCUGGGUGAGUGGCAAAGAAAACAACAUUUACAUGAAAAGAAACGCAGUUCUCUUUUGAAAAAAACUCUAUCACUGCCAAAGAAGAAAAUGUUAUAUUCAAAAGAACAUGCUGAUGUUAACGAAAUGAAAUUUUCGAAGAAACAUAAAUCGUUAACAGGCUCUAUUUUGACUAUCAAGAAACCACAGCCUUUAAAUAAACCAGCCCGAAAUAAUAAACUUUAUUCAACAAAUCCUUUGAAAUCAAGUGAAAAUAAUACAAUUGCUUCGAAAACUCUUGUAAGUUCGCAUAUAGCUAAGAAAAUAAAAACCAUAAACACUACAAAAAAAUGGAUGAGUGUGAGUACUAAAGAAACUCCUACAACAAAGCAAGAGGCAUAUCAAAAAAAUAAAAACAUAAAAAAUUAUUUACCUUGGUAUUUACAAAGGAAGAUUCAAUGUUCAAUUUUAAAAAAGAAUAAAAAUGAAAAUAAACGUGAUUAUAAAGUAAAUACUAAAGCUGGAAAUAUUGUUUCGAAAGAUAAAUUAAUUUCACCCUUGAAUGCGAAAGAUUUGACGAAAAUUCCUCAAAAAACAUUAAUGAGUAAUAUUAACUAUAUGAUAUUCCGAAAUGAAAUUCAAACGGAAGAUGAGUCUAACAUACAAAAACAACUUGCUACAGGAAUAAUUACAAAUGACAGUUUUGAUCGUAGUCAAAGCCCACAAUCGCAGCAUAGUUCCACUUGUUCUUCUCUCAAUAGUGUAGCUACUGUUCGCGCGGUACCUACACGAAAUAGAGUUACUUGUAACCGCAGGAAUUCUACAUCUUCAGAGAAAAAUAGUUCUGCUGUUUUAGAAGCUGAAAAUAACAAUAAGAAAUUUUCUCGUCGAGGCAAGAAUAAUAAGAAGCCAACUAUAUCGACUGUGCUGUGUGACAAUAAAGAAAAUAUUCCACAAUCAUCUAAAAAUGCAAUUUCACCUAACAGAGAUAACGAAACAGCUAAAACUGUAUUUUUAGGAAGAACAAAAAGUAUCUAUAUGGCCCAAGUGACUGCGGAGACGUCUUCCUUGCCAUUAACAUCUUGUGCUGUUUCAAAAACUGAAAUACAACCAUUAAUCAAAUCACUAAAUUUAGGAAAUAUUUGUAUUAGAGAUAAACAAGCAUACGAAAAACCCAGCUCAUCAAAAUUAGAUAAGAAUUCUUCUUCUUUUGUUCCUGAUAACAAAAUUUAUAAGUUUGAAGAGGUUAUAGAAUCACCCUUAAAAAACAGCUUUGUUAUUGAUAUAUCUGAAACCUCAAAUGAAGCUGACGAUGAGUUUUUGAUUAGUCAACAAUCUAUUCAGAGCACGGAAAGUGGUAUAUUAUCUGCUAUAAGAACUUUAAUUGAGAAUAAAUUAAAUAUUCCUGACUAUUCUUAUGAGCAUAAUGAUUCUGAUUCGGAAACUGUAAUUUUGAGUAGAGACGACAAUUACGUUAGUAUAAGUAAUAACGACUUUUUGUCUACUAUUGAUACAGUAAUGAAAAACCAAGUUACCAGUGAGUCAGAGGGCUGUGUAAAUUACUCGCACCUUAAUUGUCCUAGCACGAUGAAUGAGAAUGACACAGUACUUAAUACCGUAGAUUUAAAAUCACCAGGUACAGAAUCCGACGCCCUAUCGCUUGAAUCUUUUGCCUCUUUGUCAACAUCCAAGUUUUCUGAGUAUUAUUUAGCUGACAAUGAAUUAGAAAGCACAUUACCACAUGUUGAUGCUUUAAAUAAUAUUAGCUCUAUUCAAGAUAUUUUUGAACGUAAGGAGCUGAAUACCAUACCUAAUGUAGGUGGACUCUUAGCCAUACAUGCAUUCAGCGGUUUUUAUGUUAACGAACCAGUAACAGGUGAUCAGCCUGAUUUCGUGAAUUUCAUUGAUUCUGAAACAGGAAGUUUUGCGUAUGAAUCAGCAAGACAAGCUACAUCCGAAGAAAUAUUUGUGUCCGGUCGAUCUUCUGACACAUAUGAAUCAUGUUAUGUUGAUGAUGACGCCUAUGUCCCCAAUUGGUUAUUCAAUAUGAUCAGCCAACAGGCAUCGGCCGAAGAAUCUGAUGCGGAGGAGCUAAAUCUUCCGCUGCCAAUGGCCAUAGUAGAACCAGGUUUCGAUAUGAAUGGUAACGCUAUGGAGCCAGGAAUUGGCGUAACUGCUGGUGCUGGCGAUGGGAGGGGCAUGCACAGUGAUCAUUCGCAAGAUAGCUCUGGUCGUGGAACUUCGCUUAGCUCAAGCGAAACCUCUUCUGGACCAGAUAGCGUGGCAAUUUUAAUAGACCCAGCUGCUUUUACGGCACAAAUGGAACAUGUACGUGAGCCAAUGAUUGGUGCACCCAGUCGGCCGGAUGCAUCGAGAGUGUCAUACAAUGGAGAAACUAACGGACAGAACCCGUCCAAUCAUCAAACUACGACACCGAGAAUUUUAAAUCCCGUGCAAAUUGCAAGUGAUGUUGACGCUGAUGUCAGUUCUCUUGAAACUGAUGCUGUUGAUUCGGAUAAUUUUUGAGUAACCAAACACAGAUUCGCAGGGUUUUCUAUAAUAGUUAGUUUUGGCUUU